AUGCGUGCCUCUCUCACUACGCUCAUCGGCGCCCUGGCCAUUGCCUCCUCGGCGGCUGCGGCGCCGGCCUCGCUCGAGGCACGCCAGUCGAGCCUCGACAACACGCGCUUCAACGCCAUGCUGCGCAACAUCGCCGGUGCCAGCAGUGCCACGCUCGUGCCCGGUGCGGCCAGCGGCUCCGUCAUCGCCUCGCCGUCGACGGAUGCGCCCAAUUACUACUACUCAUGGGUCAGAGACUCAGCAAUGACGUUCAAGGUCAUCAUCGACGCAUACAUCAAGGGGCAGCACGGCGUCACGCGUGCCCUCAUCGAGCGCUGGAUCCAGAGCGAGAUGGUCAACGCGGCCAACGCCCGCUCCUCGAGCUCGUCGCUCGGCGAGCCCAAGUUCAACCCCGACGGCAGCCUCUUCACGGGCCCCUGGGGCCGCCCGCAGAACGACGGCCCGGCGCUGCGUGCCACGGCCAUCAUGCGCUACGCCCGCGCCAUCGGGCUCAGUGACUCGUACACGGCCACACUGUACAAGUCCGACCUCUCCGCCAACUCGAUCAUCAAGUCGGACCUCGAGUACGUCGCGCACCACUGGCAGGACUCGAGCUUCGACCUCUGGGAGGAGGUGCAGAACUCACACCUCUUCACGCUGAUGGUGCAGCGCCGUGCGCUCAUCGAGGGCGCUGCGUUUGCGACCGACAUGAAGGACACGGCGGCGGCGUCCUACUACUCGCAGCAGGCAGCCGCCAUCGGCUCGCGCCUGCCUGGCUUCUAUGACCCGGGCGUCGGCCGCGUGCAGGCGUACUACAACGUCGACGGCCGCUCGGGCAUCGACAGCGCCGCAAUCCUUGGCUUCCUGCACUCCUUCAACCAGACAGCGGGCGCCGGCACGGACUGCAGCGCCUUUGGCGUCGCGUGCGACCGCGUGCUCGCCACGCACAAGCAGUACACGGACGCCUUCCGCAGCCUGUACCCCAUCAACAACGGCAACAGCGCACCGGCUGCGGCGGCCGUGGGCCGCUAUCCCGAGGACGUGUACGACGGCGUGGGCACGUCCAAGGGCCGUCCGUGGUUCCUGACCACGUCGGCUGCGGCUGAGCUCCUCUAUGACGCCGCAAACGUCUUCGACAAGGUCGGCUCGCUUGCCGUGACGUCGAUCUCGAAGGCCUUCUUCGCGCAGUUCCAGUCCAGCGUCGCCGUCGGCACUUACAACAAGGGCUCGUCGACGUACGGCACGCUCACCGGCGGCAUGCGCACCAUGGCCGACGGCUUCAUGCAGAUUGUCGAGUCGCACAGCUUUACCAACGCCUCGCUCUCCGAGGAGUUCGACGCCAGCACAGGCUACUCGCGCGGCGCACGCGACCUCACCUGGAGCUACGCUGCCUAUCUCACCGCCUCGCUGGCCCGCGCCGGAACGCCAGCCUUCUGA